CAUUAGACUUUAAGAUAUCUCGUAGCUGAUUCGGUAAUCGAUACCCUUAUUGCGUGCCUCUUUACGUAAAAUCAAUGUAAAAUGUAACCCAAUUUCGUGACAUCAAAGGCACAUGAAAACCACUGAAGGGUUGUUGAAAGCCAUCUCAAUCUUGAUCAUCACGCUAUGGACAAGCUAAAACGAGCUCUGACAGGUCGAGAAAAUGACCCAGAGGACGAGGAAGCAGGGUUCUACACUCAGGUUGUAGGCUCAACCACCUUGAGUUGGAGCACCCGCCUUAGAGGAUUUAUCAUCUGUUUUGUCACCGGAAUCAUUUGCUCCAUUCUGGGAUCAGUUUUGUUUUGGUUCAAAAAUGGCAUUGUCAUAUUCUGCAUCUUGUACACCAUCGGAAACAUUACAGCAAUGAGCAGCACACUGUUCCUGAUGGGUCCCGUGAAGCAGCUGAAGAACAUGUUUGCGAAGACGCGCGCCAUCGCCACCGUGGUCGUGCUGCUGUCCAUCGUGCUCACCAUCGUCGCCGCGGCGCUGCACAAGAAAGGCCUGGUACUGAUAUUCUGCAUCAUCGAGUUCGUGGCGAUGACGUGGUACUCGAUCUCCUACAUUCCGUUCGCUCGCGACGCCGUCAUCAACACAUUCAAGUCCUGCAUCGGCUGAAAUCGGACCACCACUCUCCGUCCUUGCGUGGCGACGACAAGAAGUCGGUGCGAUGCCAGGCUCCGUCAGAGGCUCUGGAUCUGUGGUGUGGAGUCACUGUUGUGUGUUGAUUGCAAACCGGUCGAAUGCGACCGUGGUUUUGUACGACGCAGGCUCUUGAUCUGUCUUCCAUUGUGAUUUAAGACACGAGGUAUCGGGGAAUGUUGUGAGAUGCUUACGGAGAUGAGGCGUUGGGGUAAAUGAUUAAACUGGUUAAAGCGUGGAGCGGCGUUGGCCAAUCACCGUUCUACCGUUGUUGGAACAUGCACAUCUACAUCGUUGUUUGCUCGUGGUUCAAUUUUGUCAUCGCCGAAGGGCAUUUUUAUGGUAUGUAGCUUCGUGUCAAAUUGCAGGUGAAUGUUGUCCUACCUCUCAAAUGCUUUUCGAUUUGCUUGAGAACGGGGUUUCGUAUAAAUCCUGCCGUCCGAUAGCCGCAGAAUGUUUUGUUAACGCCUGUCCCCUGUAUCGAUGUAACUUUCAGAUAAAUAAGUAAUCAAAUCAAACUGCCUGUGUAUUAUAACCCUCGAUUGGUGACCUGACCUUUGGUCUUCUACAUGUUGUCGCGAUACCAUUGUUUAGUGUUUGAUGUGCGCUGUUCCACGUGUGUCAUCUCCUCGUGUGACUAUCACUUACGCACAUUGUAACAGGUGUUUACUUUGAAUGCAAAUAAUAUAUCUUAUGCGAUGUGA